AAUACAAUCUUUGUCAAGGUGGACCUCGGGACUCCAGAAAUAAGUGUUACAGUCUCUCCAGAAACAAGGAGUUUGUGCCAAAAGAGCGCCCUUUCACCAGUCUAACAACAAUAAUCGUGCCAGAUGGUUCACCGCAGUAAAGGGUGCCAAUGUGAAAAGUGCUCGUUGAAAUCGAGGAUGGCUGAUAUGGGUGAAGAAACUUACCGUGUGAUUUCAAGAAUGGAAGAGAUAACAGAGCAGGAGGACAGACAUUUAGCUGGUGCGAAAAAGGAAAUACGGAACGAACUCACUGUUAUAAUACCAGAAAACCCGUUCCCAGAGAUAGAAGUAGACGCCUACCCUCCUCUAAAAUUUUCCUGGUUGAUCCCAAAAAAACUGGCAGCUAUGGCCUUCCCUAGAAAUAAGGAGAAUUUGAAAUUCAUAAUCAAUCAGGGUAUAACGCAUUUGGUAACACUGACAGCGGGUAAGAAGCCUCCAGUAGAUGAUAUUGCUAGGUUAAGAUGGAGUGAAAUACCGAUUGAAGAAUUUGGUGUGCCUACAGUUGAAGAUGUGAAGAAGUUUAUAGAUAUUUGCAAAAGAGCAGACAAGAAUGGUGAGGUGAUGGGUGUGCACUGCCGACAGGGCCGUAGCCGCAGUGCCGUGAUGCUGGCCUGCUACUUGGUGCAUUUCCACAGAUUCAUGCCAGAUGAGGCAAUGAAUGUGGUGCGCAUGGUUAGACCAGGUUCCCUCGAGUGGGAGGAACAGGAGGAGGCUGUAGGAAAGUAUUUCAUGUUCCUCACUGAAGAUAACCCUCUAAAGUUCGGUGUCAGCGGGGAAGUCAUGGAAGAAAUGAUAGAGUCAGCGAGGGAGGCGACCAAGAAAGCUUUGGGAUAAGUUAAGAUAUACCAUAAGAAUUGUAUACCUAAGUGUGAUUGUUUUGUACCUGAGAUUAAAUGAAUGUUCAUGAAUUUGUUACA